AGCACCCAAUGAAAUGUGAAUCCAACAAACCAGCCCCUUAACCUCCAUCUCUAUCUCCGCUUUCUUCAACUUUCCCAUUUAAACAUCCUCCAUUACCCGACAAAAUUUGCAGAAUCAAAGAAGCCGAUACAUAUAUAUAUUCAUUUCAUUUUUUUUAAAGAAUCCUCAUUCCGAAAAUUUUUGAAAUAAAAAAUAUCAAAAGACGAACUCUCUCUCAGUCUCUCUCUUUCUUUCUCUCUACUAAAAAGCAUCUGCUCCCACACUGUACACUGUUCUCGCUGCUUGCUCUCUCUCUCUCUCUCUCUCUCUCUCUCUCUCUCUCUCUCUCUGAGUUUCACUCUGAUUUCUCCUCGUAUCAUCUCUAUAGCUUCCUAGACUGAGGUUUAAGGUUUUAUAAUUAUAAUGUGAAACCCUAGCUAGAGAAUUUUAGUUAGGGUUUUGCAGAGAUCCAUUGAAAACCAAAUUGCUGUUUAGUCGAGAUGGGGAACUGUUGCAGAUCUCCGGCUGCUGUUGCCAGAGAGGAUGUGAAAUCAAACUUCUCAGGUCACGAUCACGGCAGGAGAGACUCCGGCGCGGGUAAGAAGGCACCGAUCACGGUCCUCAAUGGUGUUCCCAAGGAAAACAUUGAAGAGAAGUACCUGGUGGACCGUGAGCUCGGUCGGGGCGAGUUCGGGGUCACUUACCUAUGUAUCGACCGUGCCUCGCGGGAAUUACUGGCCUGCAAGUCGAUCUCAAAGAGGAAGCUGAGAACCGCUGUGGACAUUGAGGAUGUGAGAAGGGAGGUGGCAAUAAUGAAGCAUUUGCCGAGGAACUCCAGCAUUGUGAGCUUGAAGGAGGCUUGCGAGGAUGACAAUGCAGUGCAUUUGGUGAUGGAGCUAUGUGAGGGAGGCGAGCUCUUUGAUCGGAUUGUGGCCAGGGGCCACUACACGGAACGAGCGGCCGCGGCGGUGACCAGAACUAUUGUGGAGGUCGUGCAGCUUUGCCAUAAGCAUGGCGUGAUUCACAGGGACUUGAAGCCUGAGAAUUUUCUGUUUGCCAACAAGAAGGAAAACUCGCCUUUGAAGGCUAUUGAUUUCGGCUUGUCUAUAUUCUUCAAGCCAGGUGAGAGAUUCUCUGAGAUUGUUGGAAGUCCGUAUUACAUGGCUCCUGAGGUGCUAAAGCGAAAUUAUGGGCCAGAAAUAGAUAUCUGGAGUGCAGGAGUUAUUCUUUAUAUUUUGUUGUGUGGAGUUCCACCAUUUUGGGCUGAAUCUGAACAAGGGGUUGCACAGGCCAUUCUUCGUGGAUUGAUCGAUUUUAAACGUGAUCCAUGGCCAAAUAUUUCAGAGAGUGCCAAGAAUUUAGUUAGACAAAUGUUGGAACCAGACCCAAAGCUUCGACUAACCGCGAAGCAAGUACUUGAUGGGUGUAGCAUUGAGGUAGAAUGGUAA